AUUGUGAUAGAUAGAGAAAGAUGGAGGGUAAAGAAAUUGUAGGAAGAAAGGUGGUUGAGGUUGAGGGAAUUAAUGUAGGAAAAGAAAAUGAAAAUGAUGAAGAGAUUCUUAAGAAGAUUAUUGCUAAUCAUCCUUUGUUUGAAGUUAUGAUUGAGUCUCACAUCAAUUGUUUGAAGGUUGGAUCUGAGGAUGGAGGGAUUGACAUUAUAAGUGAUGCAUGGAAGAAAUUGGUCAACACAAAGUCUAAAGCAGCAAUUAGUCCAAACACUUCAGAGCUUGAUCAUUUCAUGGAAGCAUAUUGCAUGGCACUGAGUAACCUCAAAGAAGUGAUGGAAGAACCAACAAAAGAAGCAAAAGCUUUCAUCAAUGCCACAUACAUUCAACUGCAGGAACUCAAUGAAGCAAAUAAUGAACCCGCAACUUAA